AGAAAAUGUCUCCUGUUGCUAAUUCUGCUCCCUGUGUUUCUCCGAGUCUUCCAGCAGGGGGCAGCACACCCAAACCUCUCAGCGCUUCAUGUUGGCUGGAGGAGACCUUCAGAGUUGGAUGUGUGGAGGCUGUGGUGCAGACACUUUUCUUUGUUUCAUAUGCGGCUGCAGGUUCCUGAGUGACGUAGGUCACGCCUCCUCUUCCUCCCCGCCACUGUGUCUGAAGGAGGAUCGGUCACGGAGCAAAGCUCCUGUUUUACAGCCUUUGCUGUAAACUGACACUGCUGCUGGCCUCAGCAACAGCUGACCGUGCUUCAUCAUCAUCAUCCCACUCUGAGAGACGGUCUGCGCAUGCUCAAUCAGCUUCCAGCUCCGCGGACACCUGUUUACUCAUGAGUGUUUGCUUUAACUGUCAAAGCAAUUAUUUUGAAAAUCUGAUAUAUGUUAAAGUUGAACAUGUAUCAGAUUUUCAAAAUAAUUAUACGAUAAUUCAUCUGCGCAGCCGUGUCAGAGUUUCACAAUAAAAAGAAUUUAAAAAAUGAUUUUAAAUGUCAGGAUAUCCGGAUGAAAUCCUCCACGUACUUCACCGGCGUGAUCAGAUUGUAGGAGUUACAAAAUAAAAGCCGCAGUUUACAGAGAUGCGCAAGGAUGCGUUAAAGUGUCAGGUUUUCAAAAUAAAUUCCUGCCAUUUAUUUCGUAGUAAGUUUAAAUUCUUUCCCCUUUAUCAGCUGUUCUUCUGAACAACCACGAGGAGCCUCCGUCACUCCAGCUGUUUCACGCAGACUGUCCACAGUGAUCACAGCCUGCCCGAGAGCGUCCGCGUGUUUUACCUGACAGGGCGUGGUGACGUGAACGCGCCUGACAGGAGGAGAAGAUGAAGCAGGACGCGCGCUCCCGCUCCGCAGACUCACAGCAGAGCUUCAGCGGACACACGCGGAGGAACCAUGAGGGAGAUCGUUCACAUCCAAGCGGGACAGUGCGGGAACCAGAUCGGGACCAAGUUCUGGGAAGUGAUCAGUGACGAGCACGGCAUCGACCCCGCAGGGAACUAUGUGGGUGACUCAAGUCUGCAGCUGGACAGAGUCAACGUCUACUACAACGAGGCCUCCUCGCAUAAAUACGUCCCCCGGGCCGUGCUGGUCGACCUGGAACCGGGAACCAUGGACAGCGUGCGCUCGGGAGCCUUCGGACAACUCUUCAGACCAGAUAACUUCAUCUUUGGUCAGACAGGUGCAGGGAACAACUGGGCCAAAGGUCACUACACGGAAGGGGCGGAGCUUGUGGACUCUGUCCUGGACAUAGUGAGGAAGGAGUGCGAGCACUGCGACUGUCUCCAGGGCUUCCAGCUGACUCACUCUCUGGGAGGGGGCACUGGCUCGGGGAUGGGCACCCUGCUGAUCAGCAAGAUCCGGGAGGAGUACCCCGACCGGAUCAUGAACACCUUCAGCGUCAUGCCCUCACCGAAGGUGUCGGACACAGUGGUGGAGCCUUACAACGCCACCCUGUCGGUGCACCAGCUGGUAGAAAACACAGAUGAGACCUACUGCAUCGACAACGAGGCCCUUUACGACAUCUGCUUCCGCACUCUUAAACUCACCACCCCCACCUACGGCGACCUCAACCACCUGGUGUCAGCCACCAUGAGCGGCGUGACGACCUCGCUCCGUUUCCCCGGACAGCUCAACGCAGAUCUCCGCAAGCUGGCCGUGAACAUGGUUCCUUUCCCCAGGCUGCACUUCUUCAUGCCGGGGUUUGCUCCUCUGACAGCGCGGGGCAGCCAGCAGUAUCGAGCGCUCACUGUUCCCGAGCUCACCCAGCAGAUGUUUGACGCCAGGAACAUGAUGGCGGCUUGCGACCCUCGCCACGGACGCUAUCUGACCGUGGCCACCGUCUUCCGGGGGCCCAUGUCCAUGAAGGAGGUGGACGAGCAGAUGCUGAAUAUCCAGAACAAGAACAGCAGCUACUUCGUGGAGUGGAUCCCCAACAACGUGAAGGUGGCCGUCUGCGACAUCGCUCCCCGAGGGCUCAAGAUGGCCGCCACCUUCAUCGGCAACAGCACCGCCAUCCAGGAGCUGUUCAAGCGGAUCUCUGAGCAGUUCUCGGCCAUGUUCCGCCGAAAGGCGUUUCUGCACUGGUUCACCGGCGAGGGCAUGGACGAGAUGGAGUUCACGGAGGCGGAAAGCAACAUGAACGACCUGGUGUCCGAGUACCAGCAGUACCAGGAAGCCACCGCCAACGACGGCGAGGAGAACUUUGAGGACGAGGAGGAUGAGAUCAACGAGUAAGAGUAUGGAGGACCACAAGAGCCACACGUAUCGAAAUAAAGAAAUCUGUGCUUAAAUAAUGAAUUGUACAAUAAAUUCUGCAUUUGUAAAUUCAUUCAUGAAUUCAU